AUGGAUCCCAGGAUGGAUAAGAAUAUCGCCCGAGCCGUGACCGAUAAGCCCCCGGUUCCGGAGAUUGAUUUCACCCUCCAUGUAAUGGAAGAUGGCACGCAGGUGUCAACCAUGGAACGCGUUGUCAAAGAGGUGCAAGCACCCGCACUACAGACCCCAACAGACGAGCAGUUUUGGGAUCCUGAAGACCAAACAAAACCGAACCUGCAGUUUCUCAAGCAACAUUUCUAUCGGGAAGGUCGCCUCACCGAGGACCAGGCGCUAUGGAUUAUACACACCGGCACUCAAGUACUGAAGUCGGAGCCCAACCUGUUAGAGAUGGAUGCGCCCAUAACUGUUUGCGGUGAUGUCCACGGGCAGUACUACGAUCUGAUGAAGCUAUUUGAAGUCGGAGGAGACCCCUCGGAAACACGGUAUCUAUUCUUGGGCGAUUAUGUCGAUCGUGGUUACUUCAGUAUUGAGUGUGUUCUCUACCUCUGGGCACUGAAAAUCUGGUAUCCGAACACGCUCUGGUUGCUUCGAGGCAAUCACGAAUGCCGACACUUGACGGAUUACUUCACUUUCAAGUUGGAGUGUAAGCACAAAUAUAGCGAGACCAUCUACGAAGCCUGCAUCGAAUCAUUUUGCGCGCUGCCGCUGGCGGCGGUCAUGAACAAGCAAUUCCUCUGCAUCCACGGAGGAUUGAGUCCCGAAUUGCAUACCUUGGAAGAUAUCAAGUCGAUUGAUCGAUUUAGAGAACCGCCAACCCACGGCCUUAUGUGCGAUAUUCUCUGGGCGGAUCCUUUGGAGGACUUCGGUCAAGAAAAGACCGGCGACUACUUCAUCCACAACAGUGUUCGAGGGUGCUCGUAUUUUUUCUCCUACCCAGCCGCGUGUGCUUUCCUAGAGAAGAACAACUUGCUUUCAGUCAUUCGCGCCCACGAGGCUCAGGAUGCCGGUUACCGCAUGUAUCGCAAGACUAGGACUACCGGGUUCCCCAGCGUCAUGACCAUUUUCAGCGCUCCGAACUAUUUGGAUGUAUACAACAACAAGGCCGCCGUCCUGAAGUAUGAAAACAACGUCAUGAAUAUUCGGCAAUUCAACUGCACUCCUCACCCUUACUGGUUGCCCAACUUUAUGGAUGUGUUCACCUGGUCGCUACCUUUCGUUGGUGAAAAGAUUACCGACAUGCUCAUCGCCAUCCUCAACACUUGCUCCAAAGAGGAGCUUGAAGACGAAACACCUUCAACGAUCUCACCCGCCGAAUCUUCUCCCCCUAUGCCCAUGGAUACAGAGAGCACCGAAUUCAAGCGACGCGCCAUCAAGAACAAGAUUCUUGCCAUUGGCCGGUUGUCUCGCGUCUUCCAGGUGUUGCGUGAGGAGUCUGAGCGGGUUACCGAACUCAAAACCGCAGCUGGAGGCCGGCUUCCUGCGGGUACUCUGAUGCUAGGAGCGGAAGGAAUCAAGCAGGCUAUCACUAACUUCGAAGAUGCCCGCAAGGUUGAUUUGCAGAACGAACGUCUCCCGCCAAGUCAUGACGAAGUGGUUCGACGCAGUGAAGAAGAGAGACGCAUUGCGCUUGACCGCGCUGCCCAUGAAGCCGACAACGACGCCGGCCUCGCCACAGUUGCAAGGCGGAUUAGCAUGUCCGCUGGCUCAAAAGGCCGUCGGCCCCGCCCGGACAUCGGUGGUCGGGAAUAG